AUGGUUUUGAAAGAUAAAAAAUAUAAUCGGAAAUAUUUAAAAAAAAUAAAAGAAAGAUCUAAGUGUAUAAGAGAAAAAGAAGAAAAAAAAAGUAAAGAAGAUUCUCAUUAUAAUUAUGAUGAGGACUUACCACAAUAUGAUAGUAAUGAUGAUUUUUUAAUUCAUGAUAAAGAAUUAUUAUCUCAUAUCUUAAAUUCAAAUUCUAAAUCUAGUCAAGAAAAUAUAAAUGUGGAGCAAAUACACAAUACUAACAAAAAAAAAAAUAAAGAACGUCAUAUAGAUUUUGUUAUAUCAUCAUUGGCUUUUAAUAUACCAUUGGGUAUGAUAUGA